AACGCUUUCCCCUUCUCUUCUGUCAGCGUUCGGGAGGACUCCCAUCCGCGCUCGAGGAAGGCUCCUUCUCCCUCUUCCCCGUCCCUCAGCCCUCCUGAGCGAGGCGGCCCACCCGGAGGGCUCUAAUAGCCGCCCUGUGUCAGCGUGAAGUUGCUGACAUGACUGCCGCCGGGUCCCCGUGCACCGGUAGCGGCACGGAGCCGGGUUUAAAGGGGAAUCGCGCCGCAGACAAUGCACAGCAGCGGCAGCUGGAGCAGCCCUGGGGACCCGAGCUCCGGUUCUGACAUUGCUGCACGCAGAGCCCCGGCCGCAAUGACAGCAGCUGCCUGGGGCGGCUGCAGGCAGCAGGCAGGAGCAUGAAGUAGAGAUCACUGCAGUGCUCAAGAUGAACUCCUCUUUGGUUGGCAACCAGAGUGGCCGGCCAUUCUGUCUCCUGGCCAUUAGCUAUUUGGAGACCAUCAAUUUUUGCCUCCUGGAAGUGGUUAUUAUUGUGUUCCUCAUGGUGCUGAUUAUUUCGGGCAACAUUAUUGUGAUAUUUGUCUUUCACUGUGCACCUCUGCUGAACCACCACACCACCAGUUACUUCAUCCAGACUAUGGCGUAUGCUGACCUCCUGGUGGGCGUGAGCUGUCUGGUGCCUUCUUUGUCCCUGCUGCACUACCCAGUUGUUUUAAGCGAGUCUUUGGUUUGCCAAAUCUUUGGUUACGUGGUAUCGGUGCUGAAGAGCGUCUCCAUGGCCUCUUUGGCAUGCAUCAGUAUUGACAGGUACAUUGCCAUCACCAAACCGCUGACUUACAACACGCUGGUCACCCCGUGGAGACUGCGGAUCUGCAUCCUGGUCAUUUGGCUGUACUCCUGCCUGGUCUUCUUACCCUCCUUUCACUGGGGAAAGCCUGGAUACCACGGGGACGUGUUUCAGUGGUGUGCCAAUUCCUGGAACACCGAUCCCUAUUUCACUCUCUUCAUCGUGGUGAUGCUGUACGCCCCGGCAGCUUUCAUUGUCUGCUUUACGUACUUCAACAUCUUCCGCAUCUGCCAGCAGCACACCAAGGAGAUCAACGAGAGGAGGGUGCGCUUCAGCUCUCAGGAUGGGGAGGCAGGGGAGGCACAGCCCUGCCCGGACAAGCGCUAUGCCACGGUUCUUUUCCGUAUCACCAGUGUCUUCUACAUCCUCUGGUUGCCCUACAUCAUCUAUUUUCUGCUGGAGAGCUCCAACGUCUAUAGUAAUCGCGUUGCAUCCUUCUUGACCACUUGGCUUGCCAUUAGCAACAGUUUCUGCAACUGUGUCAUUUACAGUCUCUCCAACAGUGUCUUUCAGAAGGGGCUGAAGCGUCUCUCGGCGAUUUGUGCCUCUUGUGCCAGACAGAGGGUAGCCAAGGACUCCUCUACCUCUAGGAGCAAAAGAUCUUCCAAUGGAUGUCACGUUUAAGACACCUAUCAGCUUGACUGGGAAGUGCAGGGACAGCUCUGUAAUUUGCAAGAAGUUAAAUAUGAUUUUAUGAUGUCCAGAUUUGCAAAAAGGUUUCUGAGAAAUGCUGCUGACACAGAAGAAUCAGGAGCACAUAUCAUUGUGGUUUCACUUUAAAAAAAUUUAUUGCUGUGGAGGCGGCUGUGGAGUUUCACCUCCAUAUUCGUUUUUAAGAAUAAAGCUGUAUCUUGACACUUACCUCUCCAGCUGGUGUGACUGAAUGGAGUGGGUGUCUGAGAGCUUCAGCAAAAUGUAGUCUUUCUUACAGUUCUGCUAGGUUCUUUUGAGAUUCGUGCUUCACAUGUAAAUGAUAGAUCUGAAGUGGAAAUGUCAUGGGAUAUGGUAUAUUACAGGGAUUUUUUAAUAUAUGCCAAAGUAUAUUGACAAAAUUUUCCAGCGUUGUAACAGAAGGGGCCAAACAACUUGUUUUUCAGUGCUACCUAGACAGGACUUCUAGAACAGUGGGGAACAAUGUGAAUGUUUUCUCAUGAGCGUGGUCUCACGGAGCCGUGAGUGCAGCUCUGAUCUGAGCCGUCCCCGGUGCCGUUCCCCUGGUUGGCUGCGUGUGCAGGCAGUGCAGCGACUGCAUUUUCCUGGUUGUUGUCAAGUAAGAAAAACUUGAAUCAGACCACAUCUAGCAGUUAAAUAAAAUGUGUUUUGAUAAGCUAAGGGAAAAAUACUUGUCAUUUUAUGAUACCAGAAUUGUGGCACCCUCUUGAGAAUGAUGCCAACAUGUGAAAAUUAUUCUCCAAACAGUGGAGAAAUGCCACAUUUUUGUGUGGAAAUUUUCUCAAGAACAACUUUAAAAAUAACAUGUUCUUCUCCCCCCCCCUUUUCUUUAAUCUAAAUUCUUUUGAUAUUUUACAUACUAGAACUUAGGGAGAAAGGAAAGAAAACAAUUGUCUUCUAAACAGCUAAGGGAACUAUGUUGUAAAUUUAACUGUAGUAUUUGAGUUAUUCAUAAGCACACAGAGCUAAAUCAGAGACAUUUUUCUUUAGGCUUCCGGGGAUUAAAGAUGGUUCGAAUAUAGCAGGAGCUAAAUCCUGUUGGCAAACAUAUAUUUAACUGGUCAAACAAUGUACAGUGUCUGAGAAACAAAGUUUCAUUGACCACAGCUUUUCUCAGGCUUGCUUAAACGAAGUGUUUUGGGGUAUUGUGAUGCCAUUAAGAAUGCAGUACAGUCCUCAAAUUGAUUGGUUUUUCAAAAGAAUGUCUUUUUACUGGUGUUGUAUUGGAAUAGUAAAGGGUUUGUGAGCCAUGUCCUAUAGCAGUGCAUUACAUCUGCAUGGCCCUUUGCAGCCCUGGCGCUGCGUUGGGUGCUGUAACUUUGGGGAAUUCUUUGAGCUGCUGUAUUAAGUCAAGGUGGGUUGACUCUUGUCAUAUUGGGAAAGGAAAAAACAUAGGGGAAGUUAGUUUCAGAAAUGUGUUUUAGAACUGGGGCAGUUCUCUUAGCCAAAGGAAGGACUGUGUGUAUUUGUUCUCAGGUCUGCUGUUGUCGUUGACCAAGAUGAUCUCUGUUUUUUAGUGGUCCUGCACACACCUUCCCUCCUCUGUGAUCUGCUGGGAGCUCCAGUCCCUGGGCUCAUGUGGUUUGCCCCGGGACAAAGCCAUGUCGUGAUCUGCUUUCAGUGUUCAUCCGUACAGGCCGGUCUUAAUUUAUCCUCCAUAGUUUAUCUGAAAGUUUAAGGCGAUGUAAAUCCUCAUGCCCUCACAACAUUGCUUGUUGUCUGUCAUAUUAAGACGUUGUCUAGGUCAAGGGUUUACGCCGUCAUCUUUGCACAGACAGCAUAGAGGAGAAUCAUUCUGCUAAGCUGUGUCUGUCUGCAGUUUGGUCGGAGACACCUGGCCGUGCCAGGUAGCCUUGGCGGCUGGAGCAGAGCACGGUGGUGCAGUGAGUCAUUUAUAAACGGUGCAUUAGCUCACAGCUGGCUAAUUGUUCUCUAGUGUUUUGUAGGUGUCAUAGCAUGGGUGGGCUUUAGGGAGCAAUUUAAGGGCUUUAGUCACUAAUAUCGAAGCAUUCCUGUGUGGUAUUUUUGGAGCAACCUCUCAGGUAAAUUCCCAGUAGCUUUUCUCUGACUCUUCACCUUAGCUAACAUUUCCACGUCUUUGAAGCAAUGCAAUCUAGCAUUCAAAGCAUUUGAUUAAAUUUAAUAGAAGAAAAAAACCAAUCUGCUAGGCUUAAAACCCUCAGUAUGAUCAUUUCAGGUUAAAGUGGAAGCUGGAGGACAAAUGUUUUUUUUUUUCCCCUCCAAAUUUUAUGGCAUGAAUAAAAGAUUAAGUAGGAGUAUUCAGUGCUAGUUUUUGAGAAUAUGGAAGUUUAGCAUAAAUUACAAGGGCUUACUGAUGGCAUAGAGAUUUAACUUGAGUUGAAGCAGUUGCUGCUUAAGCUGUAAGCCUGGACUUGUACUUAGUGUAGUGGUUGCUACAGAUUUAGAUGGAAAUUUGCAGCCAUUGUUGUUUGCAACUGAACUUUAAUUGUAAUAUUCAUAACAGCUAGGCUUUCGUUCACUCAUCUCAAAGUCUUCAGCUCGGGUGAUUUCCAUGAGAGGUGAAAGUCAGAAUCUGGAAGUCUCUUCCAAGGUAAGAAGAGCGGAAUUGCAGCCAGCUGAAGCAUUCAGGUUUCAUCCUGCUUUUUCAGGCAGUUUCUAAUAUUGCAUCAGUUGCCUGGUUCAUUAGUCUGUAUUUCUAGUUCUGUCUGUGCUAAUUUAUCUGUGUUUUAAAUUCUAAGUUACAUUUUCCCUGUCAGUUAAAGGCUGGUCAAGGUUUAUAGGGGAUGAAGUGGUUUAAAUAUCUGCAUUGUUUGACUCCACUGUCUUCAGUGAAACUGCAUGGAGGUGGUUCUUGGUCCCUGUGCCAACUGUGCAAGAAAGAAUUUUGGAAAGUAUUACCUUGUUUGCUCAGCAGUCCAUUUAACAUCCUUCCUCAGGUAGUUAACGUGAGGCACAGUAGUCCUUUUCAUCACCAUAUGUGCUAUGAGUUGUUGGGCAGCGGGCUUUCUGCUUGGGUUGCUUUCAUCAUUGUACAUACGAAACUAAUCUUUCUUGGCCAUAUCUGUGUCAGAGCGUGCCUGGUCAUUUAGAAAUUGGUGUCAAGAGCACUGUGUAUGUAAACACCACAAUGGAGACGAUGCAGAAAUCAAAUUCUAUCUUCAUAAAAAUUGUGUGUUGUGGUAUAGCUAAAUGAACUAACUUCGAGAUUCCAUCUUAUUUUUUAUUUUUCAAAUCGAGUUGCUGCAAGGUCCAACUUACAUGGUAGAAUUCAGUAGGUUUUUUUAAUGCCACAGGAGAAGAUUUCUAUACGCACAACUUCGCAGAAUGUGAAUAUUUGCUUCAUGGAGCAUUUGCUUCAUUGAAAAAAAUAAUACUGGAAGUUUGGGCUGUUGUGGCGUUGUUGUUUCCCAAAUAGGCUGGGAGAAAAUCUGUGAAUUAUCAUUUUAAUAAUUUUUAAUCAAGUGACAGUAUUUUUAAACACAACAGUUAUCUUUUGCGUGAAACAAACAUUUUGUUGUCAUCUACUGUUAGUUUUUUAUUAAAUAUUACUGGUGUCUAUGGUCUUUAUUUACUUUUGGAGGGGUUGAACUUGUAUCUCAAGCUUCUUACCACUCAGAAAUUUGUUUCUUUUAGUUAGAAUUCUGACGUGGCUCUGUGUCAGAGUGCCAAAGGACAGUCGUGAAUAUUUGUCAUAAGUCUUCUAUAGGGAGAAAGCAGGGCAGAGGACUGAGGCACGGGGGAUUCAGGAGCUGCAGGAAGGGUUUUUCUCAGAGCAGAACCUUGAAUGAGAAUUCCCAAAUCUUAGACCUGCACUGCAUCUCCGAGGCAUCGCUCCUUUCCCCUUCGCAUAAAGGUUUUACGUGUAAGAGGUCCUAAAUUUCAGGAAAAAGGUGCUUCCAAAGGAUACGUUGUGAAAUGGAAAUAUUCAGUGUGAAAAAUUGAUGAGCAGCUUUCUGAUAUUUGUUGUGUUGUUAGCAGCUGUAUCGAACCUUUGUGAGCUGGGAAGGCAAACUUCUCAGUCUGCCUUAUUCCACAUCUGGAGUUGAAGUUGGUUAAACUUGUAUCCCUAACUCGGGUUGGUGCUUUAGAAAGUAUUUUUCUUAGGAACUAAUAUGUGAGCGUGGGAGCCAACCUUUAGGUGUGACAAACAAAAGGCCCAUUUUUUCCCAAUGGCUGUAUUAAUCUAUUAUAGUUAUAAUUCUGUAUGAGGAGGUGAAAGUUUUGAAGGUUUUAUUUAAUCGUUGUUUAAACACAUCUUUAGUGCUGCGUGCUUGAAGCAUCUGCUAAAACAUUUGCCUGACCUGGUCCUUGUGUUGUUCCUAAGGUUAAAAACCCUUUUCUUUCCAUCUCCCACUUUGCAGAAUGCAAUGCCACAUCCUUUCAGUGAUACCAUUCAAAAUAAACUUGAACUUUACCUCGCCACCAAUUCUGUCUGAAGCUGAAAAAGCACAUUUGUAGCAGAUGCAAGAGGUGUAAAGCCUCCACAGUUUUUUCUGACGGUGGGAGAAGGAAGGAAUGGGCACUUCACAAACCCUGGGGCUGUUCUGCUGAGGAAGGCAGAAGCUGGGGCGUGGAGGAGGAGGCCAGGUCUGUUGGUUCUGUUGGUUCUCCCCAGGAAAGCAGUGCUUCCUCCCUGUUCUGCAGGCUGUGUCUGUUCCCUGCUCGUCUCUUUCCACGCUCUCCAGUCCCUCCUUUAGGAUGAUGAGAGAGUUCCCUAUCAUGGAAAUAAUAUAUUUUACACUAGGAAUGUUCUGACUUGAGGCCGGCAUCUUGAAACUUCGCGGUUGUCGUUUCCCUUACUGCCUAUGCAUUGCUGUCACUGCUUUGAAAGAUGUUUUCUGCAGAGAAGCCAAGGCAAGCUAAAGUUAGCUACAUAAUAAUCUUUUGGAAGAGGAAAGCUUUUGAACGUUAAAAUGUAGUAUAUGUAGAAGCAGGUCAUUGUGUUUAGAGAAAGAAACUGAAAGUUGCUGCCAGGGGAAACAAACAAAAGAAACCUGUGGGACAGCACUGCGUGCGUGCGCUUCUGAUAUGAUGUAGGCUGCAGUUGUGUCAACACAAUGGAGUAUUUAGUUUGGGUCACAUCAUUUAGAACACACUGUUGUAAAGAUGGAGUUAACCUUUCUUGCAAUGCUGCAGUGCUCGGGUUCUGCCCACACUGGGAGCAGGGAUUCUCCUGCUCUUUGCCGCUUGGCUGCAGUGGGACAGCGUGGCUGAGCUGGCGUGGCCGAGCCUUGGUGUGGUACAGCUGGUGUAGCUGCUUUCUGCCUCUCUUGUGACUCGAGGUUAUCUGGGUGUGAAAUACUGCUAGGCAGAGAGCUGUGCUCGUGGCUCUCUGCUCCUUACUGACUUGUGCUGCUCUGCAGCUCUUGCUCCCAUCGCCGUGUCACACAAAGCACCGUCUGUCUGCUCUGGGUGUGUGUGGUGGUUGGUGCAAGGAAGUGUUUGUGGCUUUCACCUGUAAACUGUUUGCAUCUCUUGAGCUUUGGCACUUAGUGAAAAUGUUAACGUAAGCUUUAUGUUCUUGCAUCCUGACCCAAGUUGUUUAUUUACAACCUGACUGCACUUGGGUAGUCUGCACAGUCAGAGCUGAUUCUCCACCUCACGAAUUUGCAGUUACUGAAACCGAGAGCCAGGAGUGAUCCCCGCCUGUGUGUUGGCCUGGAAGCAGAUCCCAGCAGCACGGCCUUGCGGGCAAUGGGCUCUGCAUGCUGGUACCAUGAGGGUGGUAGUUCUGGAAUUGAAGCAUUGGAUUCUCAGGCGUCGCUGGAGACCCUUCGGUUCAAAAGUUACACAGUUGAAGCAGCCCCUCCUAAAGAUGAACUCAACAAGUCUUGCUGUGCAUGUGUGUCAUCCUUCACUGCUAGGGAGCUCACGUGAGGUGAGCAAUCAAAUACUUGAUCAAAAAAAGUCAUUCCUUCAUUGUAAAUUGGAAAAAAGUUCUUCUGGGAUUUCAACUGUAAGUGAAUCCUUGAAAAUCAGUAAUUAGAUUAGUAAAGGGUGACGUUCUAAUAUGCUGGCAGGAGUACUGAGGGAUUUGUCAGGGGAAAACAGCCAGACUUCGCACUGAAGUGGCGUAGGUAUAUUUAUAGUGCUAGUGAUAGUUGUGUGUGCGUGAAGACUUUGGACUAUUUUAAUAUAGCGUAAGGCUUUGAGCUUUAGCCGACUGAAGUUGCUCGUUUUAUGAAGUUACAUUAGUACAACACUGUGAAAUAUUUUUAAAUAUUAGCGUUGCUGCGUAUUAAGAGUGUUUCAUAAGAACAUUUUAAAAAACGUUUUCUAUAGAUGCCGUCAAAGGAAUUGAUGUUUAGCAUACAAAGAAAUAACUCCCUGAGGGCGGUGAGGUGCUGGGUGUGUUCCUGAUCAGCUCCGUUUUUGGGGGAUCCAGUGUUUCUCGAGGAUAAAUUGUCAUUAAAACCUACUAAAAAUAAUGGUUAAUCCUGGGGCCGCAGGAAGCAGUGCUCCCUCCAGCCAUGCUUUGGAACUGCCUGAAGGGGUUUGACAUCACACGUGUUGUGUUCACAGAGUGAUGUCUUUGGAGGUGCUGUACAGCACGGUGUUUUGCAAGUUGCUAUGCUGAUAAAUUUCUCUCCAUAUGUAACCUCUGAAAUCAAGUUUCUAUUGUAAUUCUAGCAUGUAAACACUAGAUUCAAUUUUGUAUUCCUUUAAUGAAUGCAACAGGAUGGAAAUGAGUUUGCGAUUGCUAAUGAUGAGCUUUCUUACUGUUCUUAAUCCUCGUGGGUAUGUCUUUUCUUCAGGGAGUUCAGAAUUGUAUUAGUACCUUUUAAAUUGUUUUUCCACGUGCUGUUUACAAUUAAACUGCAAGCAUGGGAGGCUAUGCAUGCAUGUGCUUUUAGGUUGCUUUGCUGAACAAAAUACAGUGGAGCCGCAUCCUUUGAAGGAUGCUCUCUUGUCUGCACAUUCCACCUCUGUCUGCUCCUUCGCAGUCACGGGGACAGCAGAAGCCACUGCUCUGAUUAUCUCAGUGUGUUCUGCAACGUUUGUUUGUCUGUUUGAGGGUUGCUGUGAGGAGCCGUAUGGGGAGACAGUCCAGCUCUGUACACGAGCAGUGCCACGGCUGGAGCUUUUUCCUGAGUGUCAGUGGAAAGGCCAAGAAUCUACAAAAUCACACAUAGGAAUGUGUGUGUGUUGGUAGAAACUUUGAAUGCUGGAAAUCGUUUUGUAUUAAAAGACGAGCAAGAGGUGCGAGUGCAAAAGCCCUGCUCUGAAGGACUGCAGGAAACAAAUCCACCAAAGCAGAUCAGAAAAGCAGACAGGUGAAUUUGAGCCUUUCCAGCCCUUCUCUCGUUGUGACGCAGUGCUGAGCGCUGAGGUCUCGGCGCUCCUCAUCUCUGCCUGGAUUCGUUCUGUGGGUAUCCGGGAAGGGAGAGGAGGUGGAGAUGGGAGUUUGGAUGUUCGGGACAGCUGAGGAACAGUUAUCAUUGUGGCUCCAAAAAUACGUAUUUUGUGCCAACUCAGAAUUGUUAAGAUGCGGGGCAGAGGGAUCCUCCUCCCCCCUGUUCUCAUAGGCGUUUCUGUAGCUGAUUUUUUGGCUAAGGGCGAUAAAAGGAAAAAGUAUAGUUGAGCCAAAACCUACAAGUGUUACUGAUUUAAAAUAACUCACAUAUUUUUAAACAUUAAGUGAACUACGUUAAACUGAACUAUGUAAAUACCUGAUGCUAAGUCUUUGCAUAAUUGUUUCCAAGAGGUAUUUUUGCUAUGAGGUAUUAAAACUCAAAGAACUGCAGCAUUCCCUUUGAGAUGAUCUGUACUCUGGCUCUCAUACAUCUCUUGACUUGUUUCCUCUUUGCUGUAGAUGCACAUACAUACAGAUAUAUGUAUGUAUUUUUAAAACAGACGGUUUAAUGUGGUAGAGUUGUACAGUCACACAGUUUAGGGCUUUGUAAAAUAUGUAAUUUUAAGAAUGUCAAUGUGGUUCUUAGCAAAUUUUAUAAACACUUUUCUGAAUCUAUCAGCACUUCCCAUCCUAAGAGAAACCGCACAUAUUUCAGUGAUUGUUCCACUGGUUACAUCUUUGUCUGCCAUUUGUUUUGAAUUGAUGUAAUCUUGAUACUACUAAAAUUUCAAGGGCUGUUGACGUGUUUCACAUAGCCUAGAUUGCCUGUUAGCCAAAUGUAUGGAUCAUGCAUCAACAGUACUCAGUAGCCUUACUGUUCUGCCUAAAGCCUAGCUAAUUUAUUUGAUAUUCUCUCUUUAAAGAGAGGUCCUUGGAAGGAGCAGCAUAGUUUAGGAUGCUCCUUCUCUUUAAAGGGAAACUCAGAAUUGAAUAGCAGUACUUGUUGAUCAGUGAUGUUAUUGUAGCCAAAGGAUGCAUGGGUGGUUACUAGGAAGUUUUUGCUUCAAGUUUCUUGAUGAAAUGUCGUGUUCUACAGAGCUGUGUGAAGAGUGUAGUUUUUUAUUCUGAAAUGCACUUGUACACUUUAUUUGAAAGGUCUGAAUGGAUCAUGAAUACGUUUAAGAAAUAAAUGAUACGUCACACGUUUUCA